AUGGCAAGAAUGUCUUCACCCGCAAAAGAAUUCAAGGGCUGGGUCGCCCACGACGCAACAAACCCCCUCAAAUACACAACCUUCACCCCUAAACCCUUCACAGAAACCGACAUCGAGAUCCGCGUCACGCACUGCGGAAUCUGCGGCACAGAUGUCCACACUCUCCGCUCAGGCUGGGCUCCGACAGAUUACCCAUGCGUAGUCGGGCAUGAGAUAAUCGGAAUAGUCGAGCGAAUUGGCACAGCCGUCCCAACACUCCCAUCAUCUGAAGCCUCGCGCAAGAUCCAAAUCGGCGAUCGCGUCGGGAUCGGUGCGCAGAGUGGAUCAUGUCUUCGAGCGGACUGUGAGGCUUGUGCUGAUGGUGAAGAGUCCUACUGCACCCGGAUUGUGGGUACUUAUAAUGGACGAUAUGCUGAUAAGAGUAAAUCUUAUGGAGGGUUUGCGGAGAAGUGGCGUGGUCCGGCGCAUUUCGUGGUCAAGAUUCCGGAUGGACUUCCUUCUGCGGAGGCGGCACCAUUGCUUUGUGCUGGUGUUACUGUUUAUGCGCCUUUGAAGAAAUAUGGUGCUGGACCUGGGAAGACGGUGGGUAUUGUGGGUAUUGGAGGAUUGGGGCAUUUAGGUGUUCUGUUUGCGAAGGCGUUAGGUGCAGAUCGGGUUGUUGCGAUUUCGCGGUCUUCUAGUAAGAAAGUUGAUGCUAUGCAGGGCUUAGGUGCUGAUGCAUUUAUCGCCACUGGUGAGGAGAAGGGGUGGGCGAAGAAGUAUUCGCGAUCGCUGGAUAUUAUUCUCUCCACGGUAUCUGGGGGUGAUAUGCCAUUUUCGCAGUAUUUGCGUUUGCUGAAGCGGGAUGGUACUUUUAUUCAGGUUGGAGCGCCGGAAGAGCCAUUGCCUCAAUUGGCGGCUUUUUCUCUGAUUCAGAAGGGGGUCAAGGUGACUGGCUCGAAUAUUGGGUCUCCGGAGGAUAUACGGCAGAUGUUGCAGCUUGCGGCGGAGAAGAGGGUUUUGCCGUGGAUUCAGAAGAGGUCUAUGGAGGAUGUGAACGCUGCGCUGGUGGAUAUGCACAAUGGGAAGGCGAGGUAUCGGUAUGUGCUGCAGAAUGGAGAGGAGCAGGCGAAACUGUAA